AUGCCCGCCGUCACCCCCGGAACUGGAAAAGUGCUCGUCACAGGCGCGAACGGCUACAUCGCGAUCUGGGUCGUGCGUACGCUACUCGAGCAGGGCUACGCUGUGCGCGGCACCGUACGCUCCCACAUCAAGGCGAAGCACCUGCACAAGACGUUCAAGUCUUAUGGUGAUAAGCUGGAGAUCGUCAUCGUCGAGGACAUCACCAAGGAAGGCGCGUUCGACGAGGCUGUUAAGGGCGUCGUCGCGAUCGAGCACACCGCGUCGCCCUUCCACUUCAACGCCGUCGAGCCCGACGAGCUCAUUGGUCCCGCGGUAAACGGCACGCUGAGCGUCCUGCAGAGCGCGCUCAAGUACGGCUCUGCAGUCAAGCGCAUCGUCGUCACGUCCUCCUGCGCCGCCGUGCUCACCGUCUCACCGGAGCCGCACGUUUUCAGCGAGCUCGACUGGAACAACAAGUCCAUCAAGGAGGUCGAGGAGCAAGGGCGCAACGCGCUCGGGGCGUCCAAGUACCGCGCCAGCAAAACGCUCGCGGAGCGGGCCGCAUGGGAUUUUGUCGCGAAGAACAAGGAGCAGCUCAGCUGGGACCUCGUCGUGCUGAACCCGCCGUACGUGUUCGGCCCGGUCUUGCACGCCGUCGGAGCGCACGAGCAACUCAACUCGUCCAUGCACGAGUGGUUCUUGACCGUGUUUAAAGGCGCGAAGGACAAUGCUGCGCUCGGUACCGGCUCAAGCUGGAUCGAUGUGCGCGACCUGGCAGAUGCACACACGCUUGCACUGGUGAAGGCGGAAGCUGGCGGCGAGCGCAUUAUCGUGUCUGCCGGCGCAUACAACUGGCAGGACUGGUUGAACGCCGCGCGCAAGUUUGAGCCAUCCACUCCUGCAGGAAACGAGUCGUACAAGCCUGAGGAGGCCGUGUACGUCAUCAAAUACAACACGGCGAAGGCGGCCAAGUUGCUCGGACUGAAGUACCAUACGAUUGAAGAGAGCACGCGCGAUAUGAUUGCAGACUUCAAGGUACGCGGAUGGUUGAAGUAG